AACAAUUCGUGUUGAAGCAAUGCAUAAUAAUUAGAACCAGAGCGUAUAUUACUCUCUGCUGCAACUAUAAAUUUACAUAGAGCAUCUACUAUUGAGAAUAUUGAAAGUACAAAAAUACUUUGAGGAAACAAUUAUAUUUGGUUUUAUAUGAGAAUUUAAGAAUGUCACCAUUCACAACAUACCAGUACAUUAUCACAACGUUUUUCCUAAUACUCACCCUCACAUUAGUCCUACUUUACAAAAAAUGGUUCUCCUAUUGGAAAGACAAAGGCCUCAAUUAUAUAGAGCCUACCAUACCUUUUGGAAAUGCCUCCCGAUUUUUCUUAGGUCAAUGUAGUUGGGCUAACCUCUUUAGAGACCUCUAUUUGGAGGUCAGAAAAAAAGGCUGGAAGCAUGCAGGAGUAUACUUUUGCGGAAAACCAGUCUACAUGCCUGUAGACAAUGAAAUCAUCAAGAGAAUACUUGUUUCCGAUUUCAUACACUUCGCCAACCAUGGAGUUUUUGUAGACAAGUCAUCAGAUCCUUUGUCAACACACAUUUUUAAUAUGGAAGGCUACAGAUGGAAGAACAUAAGAUCUAAGCUUCCUAUAGCUUUUACAGCAGCAAAAAUGAGACGAAAUGUGAUCAUAAUGAACGAAAUAAGCAAAGAAUUCAUUAAGGAACUCGAUAAAGAAGUCAAUUCUAAUAAUUCAAUCAACAUAAAGGACCUAUUAAGUCGUUUUACAAUUGAUGUAGUAAGCUCUUGUUCUAUGGGAAUGAAGAGCAACACUCUAAAGCACGAAAACGAGACUUUGGUGGAACAAAGUACGUCAUUCUUUGAAGACCAAUGGAGUAGAACGAGUAAUAUCUUGGUUACAUUGAUCCCAAGAAAGAUUUUGGUAAUGUUACAUUUCAAACUCUUCAACAAGAGAGCUUCAAACUUCUUUUUGAACAUGUUCAAGCAAAUAAAAGAUCACAGACUGACAGAAACUGUCAAACGGAACGACUUAACAGAUUUAUUACUGGAUUUAUGUGAUGGAACAAAGGAACAUAAGGAUUAUGCAGGUGAUGGUACGAUGGAGCCUCUAAGUUUUGAUGAAUUUGCUGCGCAGAUGUAUGUGUUUUUCGAGGCGGCGUUUGAAACAUCUUCUAGUACGCAGACCUUUGCUUUGUAUGAACUGGGUGCUAACAAGGAGGUUCAGGAUAGGCUAAGGAACGAAAUAGAAGAAGUUUUGAAGAAGCACAAUGGUCAAGUAACGUAUGAGGCUGUCUGUGAAAUGGAAUACUUGGAAAGAGUUAUUGAUGAAACUCUACGAAAAUAUCCAGUUUUUCCAUCGUUGGCUAGGAUAUGUACCAAGGAUUAUGUCGUUCCUGGAACGGAUGUGACUAUAGAGAAGGACAGUUUUGUUAUGAUAACGAAUCUAGGUAUCCAUUACGAUCCCGAGUACUAUCCAGAUCCGAUGAAGUUUGACCCGGAACGAUUCACAGCAGAAAAUAAAGCUAAGAGGCCUUAUUGCUCAUACGUACCAUUUGGAGAAGGUCCUAGAAUAUGCCUUGGUAAGCGAUUUGGACUAUGGCAAAUCAAAAUAGGCUUAAUCAGUAUCCUUAGAAACUAUGAAGUCAGUUUAAGUGACAAAAUGCAACUGCCACUGGCCUUCAAAAAGACUGGAUUAAUUUUAAGAGCAGAAGGCAGUGUAUGGCUACAUUUAGAAAAAAUAAAUUAGAUGUUUAUUUAACAUAAAAAAAACGAAACUAAUUUUAAUGGAUAUAAAAUGUGAUAUAUAUUUUUUAGUUUUUUUUUGGUUAUGUAUAAUAAAUUGUUUAACUUCUUAUAA